AGCGGUAACCGUCAUUGAUUUUAAAUUAGACAGUGUUGUUUACUUCCGACAUGUGCUUGUAAUAUUUUAUUUUGCUUGACUAUUUAAUAACGACAGUCUACAAGGUGACAACAGCUAGCUGUAGUAACUCUUGAAUACCAACCAAAACCAGGCGAACAUGUUGACUCCAGCAUUUGAAAUCAAACAAGAUGAUACCUUUAUAACCAUCAUUAUCAAAGCACCAUAUGCAAGGAUAACAGAUACAGAAAUAUUUAUAGAAGGAAAUGAAUUCAGAUUUCACUCAAAACCAUAUUUUCUUAGAUUAUCCUUACCAGGAAAUAUUGUAGAGGAUGGAAGAGAACAAGCUAAAUAUGAUGCAGAUAAUGGAUCAUUUACAGUGACAGUACCUAAAGAAACUCCAGGAGAAUUGUUUGAAGGGUUAGAUAUGAUUACAAAACUGCUAACUAAUAAAGGGCAGACAACUGGUCAGUCGCCUUUGAUUGAAGUUUUGGAUGAAUCAACUGACGAUAGACAAGCUGACCUGGAGAAAGAAGAAGAGGAGUUUGAUUGGCAUAUAGAACAGACCCCAUAUACUGAAAAAGAAUUAUCCUUAGACUGUCCAAAAUAUGGCUUUGCUAAUCAAAAGUCAGGAGUAUUCACUAGGCUACAGGAUGAAAUAGUUGAAAUAGUGGACUUGAAGAAUCCAGAUCAAUGUAGUGUAAGUGACAGGAGAGAGAAAAGAGAAAUGGCAGAACAACAGAAGUUUGAUGAAGAUUAUUAUUUAGCAGAUUUGUAUGAAGAUGAUGCUGUCAAGGACUUAUUAAGUUACAAUCCAUGUUUGUCAGAAAGCUUUACUGAUAAAGACAAAGAAAUGAUGAGAAAUUUACCAAAGAAAGAAUAUUUAAUAGAUAAUAAGAUCUCAACAUAUUUAGGUUUGGUAGAUAUAAUAUUUGCCUACUGUUAUGACAUCAGAAGCACAGAAGGAGAAAGCAAUGUAGAAUCAUCAUGGACCAUCAGUAAACUAAGUUCUACACUGUCUUGGCUGGAUACAUUCACCUCUGUAGAAGAAACAUUAAGAGCCUGUUAUAGACGAUGUUUGUGUUAUCCCUUGUACAGAAACUGGGAGUUUGCUGUCAAAGUCCAACAGGAUACUGUACAGAUAUUAAAUGGUGGAAGGCAAACAUUAUUGAAAUGUUUACUGGAUAUCCAUAGAUGUUUCUCUGAGACUUAUCCACAUUACUUACUCAAUGACCUGUAUAUAACAGACUAUUGUGUAUGGAUUCAGUCAGCAGAUUCAAAACAGUUACAGUCACUGACUGAGGCUAUUAAAAAGUUAAACCUUAAAAAAGUUGAUGUUGGAUUAGAUCUGUCACUUAUAGAAAGUCAGACUAAAGAAGCUGCGGUUGAUGACGUCAUAGAAAAUUUAGGCAAGGAUGUUUCUAAUAUAAAAAUACCCCAUGACAGUGAUGAUGACAGUUCUGAUAGUUCUGGGGAGUACACAGAAACUGAUGAUGAGAGCACAGGUUCUGAAUGUUCAUCAAACAGCUCAGAUGAUGAAAGAGACAAUACAAAAGAAACUCCAAAUAUUGUUGUGCUCAAAUCUGACAAUGAAAAUGAUAUAAAGGAUGUUGAAUGUGUGAAAAGUAACACUGACAAAACAACUGAUGAUAAAAUUGAGAAAAACAAUAUAGAAAGAACUGAGGAAGCACAUAAACAAAUUAUUUCAGAAAUAAAAUAAUAACCACAAAAUUUGUUUUUUAA